UGAUCUACGUUGCGCAUCCUUGUGAUUGGUUUUCCUCUACUGUUACGACGUGAGACUUCUGACGCCAUUUGUGUUGCUUUGGCAAGUGGGUUUUUGUGUGAAUUUGGAAACGGGUUCAAAGUUAUAUUGCAAGUAUGACAGAUAUCAGGACUUCCAGCACACCUCCGAAAACAAAAAUAUUUGUGGGCCGUUUGCCAGAACAUGCUCAGGUUCAAGAGUUAAGAGCUCUCUUUGAACAGUAUGGUGUAGUUACUGAAUGUGACAUCCUGAACAGGUAUGGGUUUGUGCACAUGAAAACGGAGGAAAUGGCUGCAGCUGCUAUUGAAGCUCUAAACAAUGCUGAAUUCAUGGGUGUUCAGAUUAGUGUGGAGCAAUCUACAGGGAAAAAAAGUGGCAGAGGGGGAGGCUACAGAGGGGGUUUUGGACCAAUGCGUGGCCGAGGUAGUUUCAGAGGAAUGGGACGAGCAACUCCUUACAUGAGGGAUUCAAGAGAGUUUGAAAGACGACCCGGUAUGGCACCACCACCUAGCAUAAGGAAUGGCUUUUACGAGGGCUAUGAACGUGGUUAUGAUAAUUACUAUCCUUCACAUGGUCCUCCACCCAUGAUAAGUCCGAGGGAAAGAGAAGCAGAGAGGAGGUCAUACCCAGACAUGAUGCGUGCACCAUAUGAACGACGUUCUUUCUCUGAAAUGGGUAGUCCAUAUGAAAGAACUAGUCUUCCACCGGUUGCAUCAUUUGAGCGUCGCAGUGAAUAUGGUGGUGCAAGAUUGGGCUCAGACAUGUAUCGCAGGCGUACCCCUCCUCCUUCAUCAGGAUAUGGAAGUUCAGGGUACGAUCGUGACGAAAUGGAUCCUUAUGGAGCCCCAAGCAGACGGUUGGUACUCUGUCAUGGUGGGCAAGCUGCUGCUGUGUUGACUAUUUCACCGAAUCAACAUCAUCUCUGAUUUGUUAUGAAUUUGUUAUUCAUCCUAAAAAGGAAUGCAGGAACUGUUCAUUGGGAAGCAACUUGAGUGGGAAUAUGUAAGAAGAUGUUGCAACACAAAUUUUCACUAUUUGCAGAUCUCAUUAGUAGUUGAUGUGAUUUCAUUGCUACUUGAAAAGAAAGUGGCUGUCAAAACAAAGAAACAGCCAUCAUCUAGAGUUGUGAUUGAAAAUGAACUUAAUCACCAUUAAAGAUUUGUUUUAUUUAAAUAA